AUGUCUGAAAUACCACGCGGUGUCAAGCCGGCAGCCGAUGUCGCCCAGAUCCUGAACAGAGCCCAGGUGCCCAACCUUCUCUUUGGCUGGUGGGUUGUGGGUCUGUACAGUCAGGCCCAGCCCUUUCCGGUAUCAUCCCUUUCCCUUAGCCCUUCCUUUCCUUUACCUUCAUUCAAUGCUGAUAGCUUCACUCAGGAAAUCGACUUCAUUGUCCCCGACGGCCAGUUCGAGUCCGGCAUCCGCGCACUAAUCGACGCAGGCUUUCAGUACUGCGAUGACCCCAAGUGUCCAGAGCUCGUAUACGACCGGUUCCCGCGCAAAGGAAAGAUCGGAGACAAGUACCCUAUAACCGAACUCCUCGCCAACCUGGCCCUGAACGGAUGGCACGAGAUUGCCGACGCCCACUUCCACGUCGAAACGCAGUAUCGCAAACCCAAAUUCACAGUUCUCUCGCUGUACAAACAAUCACGUCUCCUCUGGGCCCUCCCCACGCUAACCCUUGACCCCGUGCCUGCCAAUGACCCAACAUUCGUGCUCACCAACGACGCUGCUCGACUGCCACCCAGGACCCCAGACUUUUACAGUAGCUCGGGUCCUUGGCUGGACGUGCCCGCCGUCAAGACGCUGACGUACGCUGCGCUUUUCGAAGCCUUCAUCCGGCUGAAAUGUCGGCACCUUCAGGAGCGGGGGAUGGCGGAGUGGAGGACCGACAUGUGGGAUGAGAGGCUGUGCUACACGGUUGGGGGGACCGCGAAACCUGAGCGCUUGCGAGCCCUACGCGAGAAUCUCACUCCGCAGUUUCAAGCUGUGUUCGACGCCCAUACCCGUACCGCCGAGAACAUUGCUAGCAGAGCGACGCCCCGGGACGCAAUGAACACGCUUUAUGAUCAGCUGGUCGCGAAGGGGGAGUUGUAG